CCCUCACCCCCCGUCACACACCGGGCUGCACCCAUCCUCCUCCCAGCCAGUCACCUCAAGUGGAGCGCUCGGCUGCAGCGGAGGUAAACAAACCCCAUCCAGAGCAGUCAGUCAGGCCAAGACAUCCCAGACUUUUCUGGUGAGGGGUCUCAGUUAAGGACACGCCGGAACAACAGAGCAGCAGAAUGGGACGGAGGGGGGGACUACUGGACCAGGACUGAGUGUGGCUGGCACACCGAAAGCUCCUCUCUCCAAGACUUCAAGUCCGCCAGAGUCUCCGCUUUCACCGCUGACACAAUGGGCUGCUGCAGCGGACGAUGCACGCUGCUCUUUAUUUGCACUUUACAGCUGGUGUUUGCUUUAGAAAGACAAGUCUUUGACUUCCUUGGUUAUCAGUGGGCACCCAUUCUUGCUAACUUCUUCCACAUCAUUGUUGUAAUCCUCGGCCUCUUUGGCACCAUCCAGUACCGGCCACGCUACAUCAUUGUGUACACAGUAUGGACUGCACUCUGGGUAGCCUGGAAUGUCUUCAUCAUCUGUUUCUAUCUGGAUGUGGGAGGUCUGUCCAAGGACGGUGAUCUCCUGACGUUUAACAUCUCAGCCCACCACUCCUGGUGGAGCGAACACGGCCCCGGCUGCGUGAGGACAGAGAUCCCGCAGGCUCCAGGGGUCCGGAGCACAGAGAGCCACUCCUACAUCACCGUCAUGGGGUGCCUCAUGGACUACCAGUACAUCGAGGUCAUGCACAGCAGCACGCAGAUCUUCGUCGCUCUCCUGGGCUUCGUCUACGCCUGCUACGUUGUGAGCGCUAUCACUGAGGAGGAGGACAGCUGUCUACGUAAAUAGGAAAACAGCCAGCGAGGGAGGGGAUGCCGUGAAGUCCCACGGAGGCAAAAAUUUCUAUUUUCACACAAACAUCUCAGUACACUUUAGAAUAACGGAUCUUCCUCCCCAUCAUUAUUCUAGUACUUUAAACAUGUCAUUUACUGGUGUUCUUACCAGAAAAGCUGAUGUUUCUCAGUAAGAGGCCAUUGUGGAGGGAUUUGGAGGAAUUAUAGUAUAACAAAGAGUGUAUUUGGAGGUAUUUGUUUUUGUUUUGAAGUACCAUUAAUUUCUCCCUUGAGUUUUUACCACCGACUAAUACUCCCCAACUGUGUAGAACAUGUACAGCUAAUGAAUACAGUGUGUAUGUAAUGAUGGAGUGCCCAGCCCUCUCUUGUCUUAGAGGACUCAGAUUUGGCAUAUUUUUGUUGGUUUGGCUGAGAUCUUGGCCAUAGGGCGUUAUUACAGUGGAGUCUGUGGAAAGAGCUAUUGUGUGCUGCCUGUUUACUUUAGUGUGUGUGUGUGUGUGUGCAAAAAUACAGAAACAAAGCAGGAAGAGGCAGGGGAGUGGAGACAUACAGGGUGGGGAGGGAACAAAAAAAGCACCAAACCUACAGGGGAAUCUGCCAAAAAUAGGAAAAUGUAAAUAGUGAAACGUGAAUGAUCAAGAAUGCAAAAGUGUUAAGCCUGCAAGAGCUGCUCAGACAAGAGCAGCGGCAUGCGAGUGCUGCUUUUAUUUCUGUAGUCCUGUUAUUGUGACUGUUUUCACCAACAGCAAAGUCAGUCAUUCUGAAGUGUCAAGUGUUUGUUUUAGCAGAUGAAAUCGAGCUUUGCUUGCACUUCAAGCGUUAUCCUCUAACAGCUGACAGAUCCAGCAAGGGCGGUCAUUUACACACAUUCAAACAAAGGUUACACAGCAUAUUUUUAAUUUGGGAGUCAGGGUUGGUGGUUUCUUUCAUAUUGCACUCCACGCAAUAUGAAAGGUGCAAACAUUUUCCAGCAGUUUGGGUAUGGAAAUAAGUGUAGAAGUAGCACACCUGUACCUGUAUAGAUAACAGGUUUGUCGCCUCACAGGUCUACAUUUUUAAUCAUCUUUCUUUGAAGUGUGAUAUCCUCAGCUGUGAUGAUUGUAGCAUGUUUUAAAUAAAGUUUGUAUUGUAAUUAUGUGUAUAGCAUUAAAUAAUAAAAAGAACAAAAUAACAAAACCUGUGUCUUUGACUGACUGCUCAAGAUCUAGUGAUACUUUAGGUGAAACAUUCUGCUCAUUUAUGUCACUCUUUUCUGUCUUUUCUUCUGAUCAGCGUCACAACAACUUCUGAGCAAAAGUGACACACGGAUCAUACAGUACCUCCUAUGUAAUGACUGACUCAGAUACUGUCAGAUCCUCUGUUGUCUUUCUGCCCUCUAGUGUUCAAAAUGAGAAUGCACUAAAUGCCAAACGCGGCUAAAUGAUUCCUCCCACAGAAUCGUCACAGUCUGAAAAUAAAGUUCUAUUUUUCUUAGGUUUUUAAAAAGAAAUACUGCAGGAGAGGCCUGGAAAAAAAGUCACUACUGAUUUCCAAGUUCACAGUGGCUAAGUUAAACUGUUUGGUUUUUGUUGGUGACAUUUCUAUGACAUCAAUGUCUGAGCAUAGUCAGUAUUCGUAAUAAAAUGCUAUAAAUAUGUUAAAACUAGUCUUCCUUACUGUGCAAUAAAGCAUUUUUUGCAAACUCCCGAUGACUCCUUUUAGUUAAAACUUGUUAUGAAUGUUAAUGUGCAAGUUCACCUUUUUU